AUAAAAAAGCGAAAGGCUCACUACCUUGACCCCGCCCCCUUCUCCCCACCCUGGGCGCGCGCACGCACGUAAGUAAAUGUGGUGCUGGGGCUGUUCGCUCGUGUGGCGCGCGCCGACUGAUGCUCCAAACUCUGGUGGAUGGUUCUCGGUUUGAUUUGGCACGACACGAUAACACGGCUUGUGCAUUGCAUGUAUGCACAAAAACCUUGACCUAUUCAGUGAACAUCCUAAGGACAAUAAGCGUGCUACCCCUUUCAAACUCCCAAUACACUAAACAGAAACAGACUUUGCUACAGCUGGCCUAAAGUUUACAUUCCCUGCCGUCCCACAACUUUGCCAAACCUGUAAAGAAGACUGAGGUAGCAUCUAACCAUGGGAGACGUGCAGCUUGUAACUGCUACUCAGAUCUCCAAGACUACUUUAACUUUGGGAAGACCAUCUCAGAAGAACAGCUCUAUUCCAAUUGAGCCCCCAGCUUUCAUUCUUCCACCCAGAAAUAUCCGGAUUCCUUUAGGUGGGACAGCUAGGCUUGAUGGAAAGAUUCGAGGAUAUCCAGAACCUCGAGUGACUUGGUACAAGAAUGGUAUACCUUUAGCUGGUAAAGAUCGUAAUAUGGUGGAGCAAAGCCUACUUGGGAGUUUCAGCUUGGUGAUCAAAGGUGUUCAAGCAGAUGAUGGUGGAAAGUACACUUGUGAAGCUGUUAAUGAAGGCGGGAUUCGUCAAGUUACUGUGGAGUUGACAGUUGAAGAUAAUAAAGGACUGAAGUAUACAGUACCUUCUAACAGCAAAGGAUCAGGAGGUAGAUUUUCUGUGCCACCAGUUGAGAGCAGACCAAGCAUUUGGGGGGAGUGUCCACCAAAGUUUGUGACGAAGCCAUCUCGGCUAAUUGUGAAUGAAGGACAAAGUGGCAAGUUCUCUGCUAAAAUUACUGGACGACCCCUUCCUCAUAUAACCUGGCUGAAGGAUGAAGUUGAGCUGCAAAGGAGUGAUCAUUUUAAUAUGUUUGAGAAAUCGGGAAUUCACUAUUUAGAAAUUCAGAAUGUGCAAUCUGAAGACAAAGGAAUUUACACAUGUUUCAUUACAAAUGGUGCAGGAAAGGCUUCUGCUUCAGCUGAGCUAAUAGUUCAAAAUUUGAUUUCAAAGUCAGACAUAAUUUCUGAAAAGCCAAAUUCCAAUAUUGUAAAUACUGAAACAUUUAAACUGAAGUAUGCAGCAUCUAAUGGUAUUUCAAAGGAAGAGAAAGAGUCAAACACACAACAUAAAGCCGAACCUAAAGAGGUUACCAACAAAGACUUCAAAAUAGUAGUGGACAGCAAAAGAGAGACGGUACAAACACUGGAAAUCAGGAAACCCUCCUUCCAGUCAAAGCCUCAGAUUGAUAAACUGGAUGUUCAACAGGAAUUGCCUGUUAACAGUACUUUUCAAAAUGUACAAGUUCUCCAGACACCUAAAAUAUAUUCAAAUCCUAUUCCAGACAAAACAACUGUGGAACCAUUAAAAAUUGUGCCAAGUGUUGUGGUGGAGAGUAAGAGAUCUCCAAAAGCAAAUUCUCCUGAAGUAAAUGAAACUGGAAAACUGAGAGAAACCAGAAAAUAUUUUGGAGAACACAAUGUGGAGCCUGCAGGUAUUCCCCCGAGAUUUGAUAUUCCUCCACAAAGUCAAGAGACAUUGGAGGGCCAAGAGGUCAUUUUUAAAAUUAAAGUUUUGGGCAGUCCUAAGCCUGAAAUCACCUGGAUGAGAGAUGGCUAUAUGCUAAAGGAAAAAACUGGAAUAAAGAUAUAUGAGGAAGGCGGAAUACAUUAUCUUUGUCUUCAAAAUGUACUUAAAGAAGAUUCUGGGUGCUACAUCUGUAAAGCCACAAAUAGCAGAGGUCAGAUCUCUGGCAGUUGCACCCUUAAUGUAACAGGUCCAAAAUUGGAAGGAAAAGCCCCAUUUUUCAUACAGACCUUAAAAGAAUGCAUUAUUAAUGAAGGACAGGACUUUAUAUUGCAGUGUUCUGUGGAAGGAAAGCCUUUGCCUCAGAUUACCUGGCUUUUAAAUGAUAAAACCAUUCUGUAUGCCCACACAACAUAUGAAAAUCAGAUAGCAAGACUGAAUGUUCAGGAUGCAUUACCUGAAGACGAUGGCAUGUAUUCCUGUGUGGCAGAAAAUAGUUUUGGGCGAGCAGUAUGCAGUGCUAAAGUUGCUAUUAAAGAAAAAGAAGCUACAAAAUGCACCAAGAGCUCAGAAGAAGAAAAUGUAAACAAGGAAUUUGCACCUGUGUUUGUUAAAGGCCUAAAUGAUCUGCAAGUUAUGGAUGGAAGUCAGGUCAGGAUGACAGUGGAAGUGAGAGGUAAUCCAAAACCUGAACUUGUCUGGCUUCAGAAUGGAAAAGAAAUACAAGAAUCUGAAGAUUUCCAUUUUGUGAAUGAUGGAAAUGAGUACAGCUUGUGCAUUCAAGAGGUAUUUCCUGAAGAUACUGGAAAGUAUAUGUGUGAAGCCUGGAAUGAAUUGGGAGAGUGUCGUACAGAAGCCACAUUAACAGUGCAAGAGCCUCAGGAUGGUGUUCAGCCUUGGUUUAUAAGCAAACCAAAGUCGGUUACUGCAGAAUUGGGGCAGAGAACCCUUCUUUCCUGUGCCAUAGCCGGUGAUCCCUUUCCUGAUUUCAAGUGGUUUAAAGAUGGAGAAGAAGUGGUCCCAGGAGAAGGCUUUGAUAUAGUCCGAAAUGAAGAUGUCAUUACCUUACUAAUUAGGAAAGUGAAGACGUACCACGCCGGGGAGUAUGAAGUAAAACUGAAAAACUCUGUUGGCGGCUGCAGCUGCCUCGUGUCUCUGAUUGUCCAAGAGAGUUUAUUAUCCAGCGAGGAGACUCAUCAAACUCUUACAGGAACAAAUGCUCACCCCUUUGGUCGAAAAGAAGAAGGCACAUAUGAGAUUAAAGCAUUUAACGAAACUGAAAUACUGAGGAAAAAUUCACAGGUGGAAGUGUCAAAAGACGAGGACCAAGCAGAUGUGCGAGGGCUUCUCAAGAGGCGAGUAGAAACCAAGGAGCAUAGUGAGGAUAGGAUUCGAUCACAAGAAGCUCAGCAAAUUGAUUUUCGUACAGUAUUGGGUAAGAAAGUUGUAACAAAAAGUGUUUCCGAGGAGGACCUUAAGGAAUUGUCUGCUGAGCAAAUGGACUUCAGGGCUAACCUACAAAGGCAGGUCAAACCCAAGACCUUGUCUGAAGAGGAGAGGAAGAUCCAUAGCCCACAACAAGUGGAUUUCAGGGCAGUACUAGCUAACAAGAAAACAAAUCCUAAAGUAUCUGAUGCUGAAAAAAGUCAGUCAAAAAAUGCUUCCCAAGAUUUCAGAUCAGUGCUUGUCUCUAAAAAGAAAAUGCCUACAGAGAAUAACAAAAACAACGGCAGCACAGGAGUAGAGGUGGAGAAUAUUCAGCCGAAAAACAAGCAAAAUGAGGUUAAUUGUGAUCAUGGAUGCACAGUCGUAGAUGGUGGAAUUAUUGGACAGAAAAAAAACAAUAUUGGGAAGGAACCUACAUUUACUGAAAAAUUACAUGACAUUCAUGUGUUGGAUGGAGACCAUUUAUAUUUACAGUGCCAAGUUUCUGCAGAUCCCCCACCUAUUGUAAGUUGGAGCUUAGAUGGAAAAUUGAUCAAGCCUUCAAAGUUCAUCAUCCUAACACAAGAAGGAACUGUGUGCUCUCUCUCAAUUGAUAAAGCACUUCCAGAAGAUGAAGGUGAAUAUAAGUUCAAAGCUGAGAACUCUCUUGGCAAGACAGAAUGCAGCUGCAUGGUCUAUAUAGAUGAUCCUUCAGAAGCAAAAUCUCCAAAGUCAACUGACAAGAGAACUAAAAAGCCUAGGAGCACCCCUUCAACUCCUACAACAGCAAAUGAAGCAACUGUAAAGAAGAAGCCUGCUCCAAAGACCCCUCCAAAAGUAGCAAUACCUCCUCAGAUACUUCAGUUCCCUGAAGAUAUGAAAAUUCGAGCUGGAGAACCUGUAGAACUUUUUUGCAAAUUUGCUGGAACACAGCCAAUAACCAGCAAAUGGCUUAAGUUUCGUAAACAGAUUGAAGAGAAAGGAUCUAUAAGUAUUGAAUGUACAGAAACAUCAAGCAAGUUAACAAUCGCACCAACAAAACACGAACACUGUGGAUGCUAUACAUUGCAGCUGGAAAAUAAGCAUGGUAGUAGACAAGCACAGGUCAACCUUACAAUUGUUGAUAAGCCAGAGCCACCAGCUGGAGUUCCAUGUGCAUCAGAUGUACGGAGUGACACGUUAACCUUAUCAUGGUAUGGACCUACCUAUGAUGGAGGAAGCGCUGUACAGUCCUACACAGUUGAGAUUUGGAAUUCUGUGGAAAAGCAGUGGAAGGACUUGACCACUUGCCGUAGCACAUCUUACAAUAUUCAGAAUCUCCUUCCAGACAGAGAUUACAGGUUUCGAGUCCGAGCUCAGAAUAUAUAUGGUGUGAGUGAGCCAAGCCAAGAAUCUGAUUUGGUGAAAGUAGGAGAAACUCAAGUAGGAAACAAAGAAGAAGCUGAAUUAUCUGAUGAUGAUUCAGAUAAAGAAAGUGACCCACUGUACCGUGAUGUUGAAAUUAACAAAUCUCAAAAAGUCUCUGAAUUUUAUAACAUAGAAGAAAGACUUGGCACGGGCAAAUUUGGACAAGUGUUUAAACUAGUUGAGAAGAAAACUGGAAAAUCUUGGGCAGGGAAAUUCAUAAAGGCAUUCUCAGCCAAAGACAAAGAAAAUGUAAGACAGGAAAUUGGUAUAAUGAACUGCCUACAUCACCCCAAACUUGUCCAAUGUGUGGAUGCAUUUGAGGGCAAGUCGGACAUAGUCAUGGUUAUGGAAAUAAUAUCCGGUGGUGAACUCUUUGAAAGGAUCAUUGAUGAAGACUUUGAGUUGACAGAAAGAGAGGUCAUUAAGUACAUGCUGCAGAUUGUCGAUGGCGUCCAGUUUAUCCAUCAGCAGGGUAUUGUUCAUCUGGACCUCAAGCCAGAGAAUAUCAUGUGUGUUAACAAGACAGGAUCAAAAAUCAAACUAAUUGAUUUUGGACUUGCCAGAAGAUUAGAGAGUGCAUCAGAUCUUAAAGUUCUUUUUGGAACUCCAGAGUUUGUAGCUCCAGAAGUUAUAAACUAUGAGCCAAUUGGAUAUGCGACAGAUAUGUGGAGCAUAGGGGUCAUCUGCUAUAUACUUGUAAGUGGACUGUCUCCUUUUAUGGGUGACAAUGAUAAUGAAACCUUAGCCAAUGUUACCUCAGCAACUUGGGAUUUUGAUGAUGAAGCUUUUGAUGAAAUCUCAGAUGAUGCCAAGAACUUUAUUAGCAGCUUAUUAAAAAAAGAUAUGAAGCGUCGUUUAACAUGCAGCCAAUGCCUUCAGCAUCCAUGGCUACAAAAAGACACAAAAAACAUGGAAGUUAAGCAACUAUCAAAGGAAAGAAUGAAGAAAUACCUCCUUCGUAGGAAGUGGCAGAAAACAGGGCAUGCUGUAAGGGCAAUUGGAAGGCUGUCAUCCAUGGCAAUGAUUUCGGGGCUCAGUGCAAAGAAGGGGAACUCGCCGACAAGUCCGACUGUCUCAGAAAAGCAUGAAAUGGCAGAUGAUGCAACGAAGCAUCUCCUUGAGGCCCUGGAUGAAGAGAGCGCACAUGUAAAGCCGUACUUUACCAAAGUCAUAAAAGAUGUGGAGGUCAUUGAAGGCAGUGCCGCCAGGUUUGACUGCAAGAUCGAAGGCUAUCCUGACCCUGAAGUAGUGUGGUUCAAAGAUAACCAGCCAAUCAAGGAAACACGUCACUUUCAGAUUGACUAUGAUGAAGAAGGCAACUGCUCUUUGGUCAUUUCUGAUGUUUGUGUAGAUGAUGAUGCCAAGUACACAUGUAAGGCUGUGAACAGUCUCGGGGAGGUGACCUGCACUGCCGAGCUCAUUGUGGAAACCAUGGGGCAGGAGGAGGAAGAAGAGGAGUAGAAGGCUCAAUGGCAGUUACUUGUUACUUUUACAUUGGUGACAUUUGUUUCUUACAACACAUUUAAUGACAGUUUUGGACACUUUUCUAAAUAUGUGCACUUUCUUCCAUAAGUGGUAAUAGCAAAUAUCAGUUGUUGAUAUCCAUGUCCUUAAGCAGCAUCACUAACAUUCCAGUUCUAUUUUAACUCUUAAAAGUAAAUUAAAAUUUUAAAGAUGCAUUUGUGUUUGGCAGAAAUGAAAUUGGCGAUAUAAAAGAGUGGGUUAUGGCUUCAUUUUGAUUAUUGUUAGUUAUCAACAUUCUGAUGUUUGGGAUUAUCCUCAACUUCUGCUGAUGGGUUUUUCUUUGCUUAUUGAAGCCUCUUUUACAAAUGACAAACGAUGCAUGUACUUUUUAAAGCCUUGCCUGCAUAUUCUCCUAACAUGAUACAUUGUUAUAAAAUAUGCAAUGUUAAAGCCAGCCAAAUAGUAUUUUAUGUACGUAGGCCAUAUUAAGUUUUUUAUUUAAUUAUGAAUAUAUAAGAAGUGUUGGAUUUGUGCAGAUUUAUCAGUGUUGAAAAUGCUAAAGAUGUCUUUGCUAAAUAUUGCAGAAUAAAUGAGAUAUAUAUCAUAAUGCAUUUGGAUUGCACAGUAAUUUGUGUAUUUACAUAAAGCUUAAAGAUGAACUGUGGAAACAAAGUAUUUUGUGUAUAUUGAUAAAAAAAAGGUGACAUGUAUCAGGUGGAUAUUACCAGGACGUAGACUUGGUAGGCACUACGCUUCUCUCUUGGAGUGGUAAAGCUGUUAAAAGUUGAUUUCCUAUUAUCUGGCACAUAGCAGCUCUUUUCUGCGCACAUACGCUCGCUCAAUCGCUCGCACACAUUUGUACUCUGUAUACACGUCUGUACAUAUAAAGGGGGCGCUGAUGUCAGAUUUGAACGGGCAUUUACAGGACCAUGCUGCCGUACUUUGCAGUAACAAGAAAGGUACACUAGUUUAGUGUAUUUUUGCACAUAACAUGAAAUGACAUUAAAUGAUUAUACAAUAUUAAACUGGUGAACCUGUU